CUACGACCAAAAGCACACCUUCUCACUGGGUUCAGUAUCACUUUCCUGGUACUGGUUUGGACAUCGCUCGCAUGUCGAGUCUACGUCCGUACAUUCACAAUCAAAGCGUUUGGAUGGGACGAUGCCACUCUGAUCAUGUCGUCGGUUACAUUUAGCUCAUUUUGCGCCUACCUAAUUAGCGAGGCUAAAUAUUGCUUCCAUCCAUAUGUAGAGACAGCCUACAAGACAGAGGACUUGUUAGCGAUAUGGGACUUCGUCGUCACAUAUAACGCUCUCUACAUCCNNCUCACCACAAUCAUCUUCAAAAUCAGUCUGGCAAUCUUCUUCCUCCGGAUUGUUGUAAUCAAAUGGCAGCGCCAUUUGAUCUACAUCUCGACUAUAGUAUACGCCAUUUACGGCGUUAUCUUCAUCNUUGUGGUCACCUUUCGCUGUGGAAAACCAAAGGAUCUGCUCAUCAACGCCGCCAGGGGAAAGUGCAUCUCGGACGACGUGCUUACGCCUAUGAUCUACAUCUCGGGUAUUCUUAAUGCCGUAGUCGAUGUCGUCUUUGCGGCUCUUCCGGCCAUCAUCCUGUGGAAAAGCAUGAUGCCACGUCGAGCAAAGAUAUCAGCAGGUUUUCUCUUGAGCAUGGGCUGUAUUGGGACCGUGGCAUCGAUUGUUCGUAUCGCCUACCUUGGUGGCCUCGUAAACGGUUCCAAAUUUUUCACUCAUGCGGUCGAUGCUGGUCUGCUUUCCGUCGUCGAGCCCGGUCUAGCAAUCACAGCAGCGUCUCUAUCGGCCCUGCGACCAUUGUUCCUGAGCAUGAAAGAAAAGACUUUACCUUCCAUCUUCAGCAAAAACACUGCAUCGAGCAACAGCAAACGUCAAAACAGUCGCUCCCACCGCGUUUCACGGUCGCGCGCGAGCUUUGGUGACCAAAAGGGCUUCCAAGUUUUUGACAAUGCGACUUCGAGAACGGAAACCGUCAUUGCUAGUCCGAGGUUCGAAUUGGAUGAUCUCGGCAAUGAUAACAAUACAUUGAACAAAACAAGCAGUCAGGGUUCGCUGGUCGAACAGCAUGUGUAUGAGACUGCAAGGACUUGGGUGCCGCCCUAUUCGGGCAAGGGCGUGAUGAUGACAAGAGCGGUAAACGUGACCGAGCACUAG